CUUUUUUGCGCCUCACGGUCAAGCCUCUCUUCACCUUUCUACCUUCCUGUCUCGCCUUUUACGCCCUCAAAUUCGAAUUUUUUCUUUCUUUUACACAGUGCACCCGCCGCACUUGAUGUACUCCCGCACCUCCACCCUGUUGAGCAGAAGCUGCCGCUACUUCCUCCGCACCCCGGUCCACCAGUCCUUUUCGCCUUUCUCCGUCUCCGCGCGCUCUUUCGCCGCCGUGAACGCAGCCAUGGCGGAUGCCACCAACGGAGUGACAGCGGACCUGAUCAAGGCCAAGCUGACGGACCAGCUGCAAGCGCAGCACGUUGAGAUCGAGGACUUGUCGGGUGGCUGCGGACAGGCGUUCCAGGCCGUCAUCGUUUCCCCCCAGUUCGAGAAGAAGACCAUGCUCGCCCGCCACCGGUUGGUCAACGCGGCCUUGAAGGCGGAGAUUGCCGCCAUCCACGCCUGGACGCCCAAAUGCUACACCCCGGAGCAGUGGCAGGCGCUGCAGCAGUAAAGAAUUCUGGCUUGAUGGGUGGAAGGAAAGAGACUGGACCGUCUUGUGUUAUAAUGCAAGAUCGGACGGUUUGGUAUGAUAUAUGAUACUGAUAUAUCCUUGGUUGUUACGGCAUGCUCGCGAAAGCAUGCGACCAGGCGUUGAAGGAUUGACUUCUCUAUGUACAUUGUCUAGACCUGCAGCGGACAGUCAUUUUGUCUGUUGCUGGCUUAAAUAGAAUUUGAUUACGG